CACCUCUAGGCUUUCCAGCCCCCCUGCCAGGAGUCCACCACAUGUAGUGCCUCAGUCAAGGUCAUCAUCAGCACCCCCUGCAGGCAGAUCCCUGUGCCUGGCGCCGUGCUGUCGAAUGUGUCUAUCUACUCGGAGUGCCUGACUGGGGCGGGGUCUACACCCUGCCAAGCAAGUGGAUGAAAACAGAAACCCCCCUGACUCUUUGGACCGUACAUACGUCCACAUGUGGGGCAGCUCCUCCACCCACACGCAGUCCUGCUUUGGUCUCUUUCAAAUACAGAUGAAGGGUCUCCAGGGUCUGAGCCCGGGACAGGCGCUCCCCUGACCCCUGUGGUGCCGCAUCGGGGAAUGGGGUGGGGAAGGGGCGCUGAGUUGACAGAAAGCCCGGCAGACAGCCCCCGCCCCUUCCCUGGUGCCACCCAGCACCCGCCUGGCCUUCCCAGAGGCCUCCAGGUGCAGAGCCGGUCUCCAGGCCCCUGAGGAGCUGAUAGUAAAUGUUUUAGGCUUUGUGGCCACCUGGUCCCGGUGGAAGCCGCUCAACUCUGUUGUUGCGUGAAAGCAGCUUGGGCUGUGCUCCAAUAAAACUUUGUUUAGAAACAGUCUGGGGGCCAGAUUGGGCCAUAGUUUGCGGACUUCUGGUUUAAACCAAGAACAGAGUAGCCCCCGUCUUGUCACAUCAGUCACCCCCAAAUUCAUCUGGAACCUGGAUGUCGCUGGCCCCCUCCCCACACCUCCGCCCCGGGCUCUGCCUGCCAGCACAAGCGUGUUCACUGUGUCUGGUUCACUUCUCCAGAACAGGAGGAGGAAGUGGAAGAAGAGGCUGGAGACGGGACUGAUGCAGAGGAGACCAACGCCGAAGGUGAGGCUCCGCCCGGGCUGAGGGUGCGAAGGGCUCUGUCCUGGAGCUCGGGGUGGCGAGAGCCCCGGAGCCACUCCUACAGCAGCAAGAAAUCCGCCUGGACCGAGCUUUGCAGCCUGGGCGGCCCCUCGUCCUGUCGGGGCUCAGCCCUCGGUCGCCCGGUCAGUAAACGCUGGCCAUGUGCCCCUCUGGUGCCCGGUGGUCUUGGGCCCAGGGCAGGUGCGGACAGGCAGCUCCAGACCCCAGACCUCCACAGGGCACACUUGGCUGAGGACCUGUUGCGGGGAGGCUCUUGGCAGGGGUUUGAGCUCGGAACCAGGACCUUUACUGAUUUCUCACGUUCUGUUUAGAAGGUGGAGAAGAGGAAGAUAAAGAGGCUGAAGAUGGCCCAGUGGAGGAGUUCAAGCCCAGGCCCAGGCUGUUCAUGUCCAACCUCGUGCCGCCCAAGAUCCCCGACGGAGAGAGAGUGGACUUCGACGACAUCCACCGGAAGCGCAUGGAGAAGGACCUGAACGAGCUGCAGACGCUGAUUGAGGCGCAUUUUGAGAACCGCAAGAAGGAGGAGGAGGAGCUGGUCUCCCUCAAAGACAGGAUCGAGAAGCGGCGCGCGGAACGGGCGGAGCAGCAGCGGGUCCGGGCGGAGCGAGAGAAGGAGCGGCAGGCCCGCCUGGCCGAGGAGCGGGCCCGCCGAGAGGAGGAGGAGAACCGGAGGAAGGCUGAGGACGAGGCCCGGAAGAAGAAGGCUCUGUCUAACAUGAUGCACUUUGGAGGCUACAUCCAGAAGACGGAGCGUAAAAGUGGGAAGAGGCAGACGGAGCGGGAGAAGAAGAAGAAGAUUCUGGCCGAGAGGAGGCAGGAGCUGGCCAUCGAUCACCUGGACGAGGACCAGCUGAGGGAGAAGGCCAAGGAGCUGUGGCAGAGCAUCUACGACCUGGAAGCGGAGAAGUUCGACCUGCAGGAGAAGUUCAAGCAGCAGAAAUACGAGAUCAACGUUCUCCGCAACAGGAUCAACGACAACCAGAAAGUCUCCAAGACCCGUGGGAAAGCCAAAGUCACCGGGCGCUGGAAGUAGAGCCGCAGCCUCCUCGCUGAGUCCCCGCCCCGCACCCCCCGGCUCCCGGGGUCCUCCGGCACCGGAGGCCGCCGACUCCCGCCACAGCCCAGGAGCUGGCGCAGCUGGAAGCCAUGCUCGUGCCCGACCACGCCCCCACGCCCACCCUAGCCAGUAAUAAAGGCCAC